UGAUGGUUCUGUGAAGUCAUUGCAUAAAAGUGAGGUUCACUAUUUGACAGAUAUAAAACCACAACAAAAUUUUGAAUCCUAUCGUAUUUGAAAAAGAAAAGUUUUGAGAAUCAAGACCUCGAAAAAAUAGAAAGUUAUAUUUUUGCGAAAAAUGAGCUCCCUACUAUUUGGAGAAAUCGUAGAACCAAGCACAAGAGCGUUAAUUGAAGAUGAGUUUGAUGAAUUCCCGGAAUAUACCAAGCCCUCACUAGACUAUGAAGGCGACUUCAGUGUUCCGGCUGCUAUCCACUCAAUGAUUUUCAUAGAAACUAAAAAAAUUAGAACAGUAUUCACAACAUGUAUGCUAGAACACUUAACUCCAAUGUGCACGAUCAAAAAUGCGGAAAUUGAGGUGUACAAUUUUGGGAAAUACAAAUAUAUGAUAGUAUUUGGUCAACCCCAGGAACUAAUUGUGCAUUAUUUCCAUGACUGGAUUAUUAAGGCUGAAAGUAUUUUUGGAAUCACUUCAGACUCUUCAGGAAAUUACCAAACCAUGGAUGCAAGAUCAAAGCCACCAUCUAUCAUCAGAAAACUUAGCAGUAACUCAACAGAUUUUAAUAUACCAAAUCUAGAGCCGCCUAAUCUUAUAACCGGAUUAGGAGCUAAUGUUCUAUCAUAUUGUAUUCACUUGGGUUUGAAUAAUUGCUGUUUGUUUGUAGUAUAUUUUGAUUCAUCACCAUUAGAUUCACUGAGUGUUGGUCCCUUAAUUGAACUCUCAAGGAAACUGGAACUGCCUUUGAGAAAAAGCAAUAUUCAGGUAGGUACACUGUGA